GUUGGGAGGUUCAUGACGUGGACGGAUCCCUUCCCUCACCCUGUCAACUACAUCGCGGUGUCAACUGGAUGGGGGUCAACGGGUCUGUGGAAAUUUGAGCGCUACCUUCCAUUGGUUUGUAUGGAGACGGCCAACAGCUACCAGUACCACUCCGUCAACGACCUCGGCGUUCACCUCAAAGGGCGAACAUCCUUCACCUUCUGGGUAAAGGCUACCAAUGACGCUCACAUCGCGUUACUUCGCAACAAAGGUGUCUACAAUAAAAACAUGUACGAAAUCGUCAUCGGAGGAGGGCGAAAUACAAAUUCUGUCAUCAGAGAAAAAAAGCUGGGGCCAAUCCUUGCGCAUGCGAUCCACGCUCCACUAUCAGGGAACAAGCACCUGUCCUUCUGGAUCAGCUUCAGCGGUGGCACAAUCUCCGUGGGUGCUGGCACAGUGGUCGGAACACGUCAGUUCAUGUCGUGGACAGACCCAACUCCAACACAGAUCAGAUAUGUGGGCGUUUCAACAGGAUGGGGGUCCACGGGAAAAUGGCUUUUCUCUAAGUAAUCUUUUCCCUAAUGAAAUCAAGCUUAAAACAAAAUGCGCAUGAUUCAGUGUAACUAACAUCCAUCCUUUAGCUUGCUUUCAAUAGUUUCAAAUGUUUUCUGUCUAUCCAAUAUACGGCUCUCAUAACCAGGAAGCACGAUCUGUAUCUUUAGUGUGAUGAAACUAUUGCAAGUGUUGAAAAGGUAUGCAAAACCAACACCAACUCCAAUAAAACUGACCGCAACAUGAA